UCUCCCUGGGCACCUACUUUGUUCCUCGUAGGAAGAACAGCAUCCUUCGCAGGGGUCAGGACCAGGAGGAAGACGGCCACCCCCAGCCCUCCCAGCACGGCUGCUGAGCUCCAUCCUAUCGCCUUGAGCAGGCACCUCUGCAUCCCUGUGCCAGGCUGUGAUUGGAGGAGGAAUGGACUACAAAGCCAAGGCCAUUGCGGGUCUACUGGCAGCCACCUGCGUCUUCAGCAUCAUUGCCCUCAUUCUGAGCGUUGUGAACGUGAAGGACGUGUUUCUGCCUCCCAGCACCAAGUACGGUCUGGUGUUUGACGCCGGCUCCACACACACGUCUCUCUACAUCUACCGGUGGCCCGCGGACAAGGAGAACGGCACCGGCAUCGUCUCCCAGGUGGAGGCCUGCACCGUGUCCGGACCCGGCAUCUCCAGCUAUGCAGACAACCCCGCUGGGGCUGGAGCCAGCCUGAAGCCCUGCCUGGACAAGGCCAUGACGAUCGUGCCGGCAGAGCAGCAGCGGGAGACCCCCACCUACCUGGGGGCCACAGCGGGCAUGCGGCUGCUGAGGGAGCAGAACAGCACCAAGGCCGAGCAGGUCUUUGCCGAGGUGGCCAAGGCCAUUGGGGAGUACCCCGUGGACUUCCGUGGAGCUCGGAUCCUCACGGGGAACGAGGAGGGCUCCUUCGGCUGGAUCACCGUCAACUACCUGCUGGAGACACUCGUCAAGUUUUCCUUUGCAGAGCAAUGGGAACAUCCACAGGAUACUGAGGUUUUGGGAGCUCUGGACCUUGGAGGUGCCUCAACACAAAUAACAUUCCAGCCUGGAGUCACCAUUGAGGACAACAACACCUCUGUCUUCUUCAGGCUGUACGGCACUGACUACCUGCUCUACACCCACAGCUACCUCUGCUAUGGGCAGACACAGGCCUUGAAGAGGCUGCUGGCAGCUUUCCAUGAGGGCAGCCCAAAUCCCCAGCAGAUAUCCCACCCCUGCUACCCCAAGGGAUACCAGGAGAAGGUCACCACAGCAGAUCUCUACAACAGUCCCUGUGUCCGUGCACCAAGCACAGCCAGCCCUGCACAGGUCCUCACGGUGACGGGGACAGGGGAGCCAGCAGCAUGUAGGACCGCCAUCCAGAAACUCUUCAACUUCAGCUGUGGGGCCAGCAGGACGUGCGGGUUCAACGGGGUCUAUCAGCCGCCCGUGCGGGGACAGUUCUUCGCCUUCGCUGGGUUCUACCACACCUUCCACUUCCUGAACCUGACCAGCCAGCAGUCUCUAAAUGAUGUCAACUCCACGGUGGAGACCUUCUGCAAGAAGAACUGGGCAGAGCUGGUGGAGACCUUCCCGCAGCAGAAGGUGUACCUACACACGUACUGCCCCGUGGCCGUGUACAUCUUGACGCUGCUGCUUGAUGGCUACAAGUUCAAUGAGCAGACGUGGAGCAGCAUCCGCUUCAGCCGGCAGGCAGCAAACACAGACAUUGGAUGGACGCUGGGCUUCAUGCUGAACUUCACCAACAUGAUCCCCACGGAGGCUCUGGAGCAGGUCAAGGGGCACCAGCCCAGCCUGUGGGCAGGUGCCAUCUCCUUCAUUGUGCUGGCCAUAGUGGCAGGUCUGGUGGCUGCUUUCCUCCAGUGUUUCUGGAAAACCAAGUAGCUCCCAGCCUCCUAGCUAGAGGCAUCCUGCCUACUAAACCAGGCAGGGAUGUGGUGCAAAAGAAAGUGGAAGAGGAAGAAGACUGAGGGCAUUAGACCCACCUCCGAUGCUCAGGAGGUCUAAUUGGGUCAUCUCUGCAAAGAUGUUGAAAAUGACAAAGGUGUCUUGAAGUCUCUAAGUACCUCCAAGUAGAAGAGACUCCUGACUCCAGAAAAAACUUUAAUCUGGCUGACAAAAGCUCACUGAGACUUGGUGGCUAGAUGAAGCCAGAUAAAUUCAGACUAGAAAUAAAAUCCGUUUUGUUUUUCAAAUACAAAAGUCACCAACCAGCCUAGCACAGCUUCCUUGGCACUCCCAGUCCUGCUGGGCCGCACUCCCAACAGCCACAGGAGAGGCCGUUGGUGAUGGAGAGCAGCAGUGGCCCCCUAAACUCUGACGAGAAGUGUGACCUUAUCUGUAUCUUGCCUGGGCAAGAUUUUUGUAGUAUGUGACAGA